CAAAAAACGAGGUCAUGAUGUGACUAAACGAUAGAGCCGGAAGUAUUUUCUAUUUCUCAAGUAGUAUGACUCAAGGGCUGGUCAGACGUACUUUCCAUUGUAAUGAAACAGAAAAAUAUAUUCGAAAACUAGAAACUCUAAGCUGCAAAAUACAUCUUGAAUUACCUCACUUAUCAUUAAUUAAUUAUGCUGAAGUAACAACCCGCUGAAUCUAUCCUAUUCUUCGUGAUCAAGAGAAAUGACUCUUCAAUCUUUCUGCUUUUAUUUUUAAACAUUACGCUCGCGACUCAACGGCGACCGUAAUGGAAACUUGUAUUUUCGAGUGAAAUGAAACAACACAUAGAUAUUAUCGAAUAGUAAGAAACAAGACAUCGACUUUAUACUCAUGACAGGCUUUACGUAAUUUCGAUAUUACCGCAUCGCGAACAGUCGUCCCGGCAGACUCGACGGAGCAUCACCAGAUCCACGUCCCAAAGUGACGAAUAAUGGGGUUCGUGCGGUUCGCUGUCAAGUCCACCCUCGCAGGCGGUAUUGUUUAUUACAGCGUCCAACAGGGUCUGUGGUCCAAGUCCGAAGACAGCGUGCAGUUGUACGGAAAGGUUUACAAUAACGUUGCUCCUUAUAUCAAAGACAACAUUCCGAAAAAAGUCGUGAGCGAGCUUCCGCCGAUGUUGAGUGCCAGCGAGCUCUGCAACUCCGUCAAGUCAACGUGGAACAAGGGAGUCAUAGCAAGUAUGAAAUUCCUAUCCGAGACUCCCACUCAUGUGAGCAAUGGUAUUGAGAGUGUCUCAAAAACGAUGGGACAGUUCGCGGAGCAGCAGAGGGCGGCUGAGAAAAGUCAAUAGUACGAACGAUUUCUAGUUUUAUUUUGCGGAUUUUAGACAAACGUUAUGUAUGAUAUACUACCGAUGAAAUAUUGAGAUAUCAUAUUUCUACAGCAUCUCUCUGCCAUAUUUACAUUUGUUUACAAUCUGUACGAUACAUCGAUUCUCUUUAAUUUAUCGUGUUAUCACAUGCGAGAAUAUAUUUUAUCAUGUGUCAGUCAAAUCGUAGCUUGCCUGAAAAGGCCGGUAACUAUGAAUAACACAAUUAAUUAAGGAAAAAUUAAUAAAUCAAUAUAUAUAGCAUUUGUACAAAAA